CCAAUUUGAUUGUUAUAAACAUAUUAUUACUAUCAGACCCACAAUAAYCACUGAAUCAGGUCAUCGAUGUCGCUGUCAUUGUCGCCUACAAUUAAUUAUUUGAGGCAAACAUUUUGUUACCGAUAUUUGUCUCGAUUUGUCGGUAUCAGUACCGAUACGAUUGACAUUAUGGUCCGCAAUGGCUUAGACUCAGUGCACACAUUGCGGGCCAUCGAUAUGGACACAGACUGGCAUCUUAUGCCAAAACAAAUAUCGUUUGGUCAGAAAUUACUAUUAAGACAGGCAUUGGCCAAACUCGCAGAUAUUACCGAUGAUGACUAUAAUGRUCUCAUCAAUUCGGACGAMAAUAUAGAUGAUAGAGUUUCCGAUGACUAUASUAACCCGUAUAACGAGUUUGAUGUGGACAGUGUAAAAUCAAUGGACAGUGAAUUAGAGUUGAAAAGACUUGCAUUGCAAACACAACCCGUUGUUGUCGUAAGUCAGCUAAAAAUGCCGAUAAAUGAAUCAAAUACUUCGGUCGCCGAUAAUAUUGGUCAUGAAAAUUGGUCUGAAGUCGAAACUAAAAACAACGAUUCAUUCAAAUGUGUUGAAUGCAAUCGGUAUUUCUCUUCGGCGAGAAAUCUUGAAAUUCAUGUAAAUAGACGUCACUUGAAAUGUCAACCAUUCAGAUGUUAUAAAUGUGCAAAAGGUUUCUUCGCCAACAUAUCACUACUCAAUCAUUUGGCACAAAAACAUCAAAUUAAAUCGUUUGCUUGCGAUAAAUGCCAUUUCAAGACCUGUACUAAAUGGCUACUGUUUCAGCAUAAACUSAUUCACUCAAACAAUAGGCCGUUUGUCUGCAAUUACAAGAACUGCAAUCAAUCAUUCAAACGUAAAGACACUCUGAGUGGACAUCAGUCAACUGUUCACUCGACUAAUCGGCGAAUUGUCUGCAAUUAUGAUGACUGCAACAAAUUGUUCAAAAACAAACUAACACUGAAUCGACACCAGAAAGUGGUUCACUCGACUGAUCGGCCGUUUGUUUGCAAUUAUGAUGACUGCGAUAAGUCGUUUAAACGCAAAUAUUCAUUGACUGAACACCAGAAAGUGAUUCACUCGACUGAUCGGCCAUUUGUUUGCAACUUUGAAAACUGUAUCAAAUCUUUCAAACGCAAAGACGCAAUGACUGAACACCAGAAACGUGUUCACAAAAAUUACUACAAUUUUUUUAAAAUAUCUAAAAAAUGUUUGUAAAACUCACUGAUUUUUUAAAAAUAAUAUAAUCGUAUUGUCCAAUGAAAGUACCGAAACAAACAACAAUAAAAUGACUGUUUGAUUGAUUUAGAAGAAAGAGAAAUAUUAUAAAUAAGGAUCCGAUUCUUUGACUAAUAACUUAAUCCCCGACAACAAAGUAUCGGUCCAUCACUUAACCAACUGUUCAUCACAUAUAUGCUAUGAUUUAAAAAAUAAUUAGUUUUAGUUUUAAACAAAUAAUUUUGAAUA